UCGUUGCCAACUUUUGACAUUGAAUUACCGAUUUGUUUAUUAUUGUGUAAGCGAGGUGAUUAAUGCUUGGUAAUACGGUAUCUUAAUUAGCCCGACCUUUAUCAGAUUGAAUUAAAUGUAUGAAAUUUAAACUCUGAAUUACUUUGUCCCAAACGUAAUGUGCUGAUGGUUGUAAAUUACAAAUGCUGGAAAUGCAGUAGGACACUCAUCUUUAGCCUUUCAUAGAUAUCAAGAACUUUUCGUGAAGAAUUAAUCCUCUCAUAUAAAUUAAUCGUUAUAUAUAAUGAUUUCAAGAGUGGAACACAGCUUCUUAAACUUCUGAGCGAAGAGUAUGCUUUGGAUACAGCAUGUUGCUAGAAGCAGUGUGGCAAACAGCGAAAUAUAUCAACAGUGGCAAUGUGUGGGUUGGUUUGAUAUUGAGUGUGAUAUAAAGUUGUGAAGCUAAAGUGGAGACAGGUUAAGAGCCAAUAUAAUAACUAUAGGUUGAUUUAUCAGUAAAUAUGCACCAUCUGCAACAAUACGUUAGUAGUGAUGAUGACGACAGUUUGACUAGUGGUGGUAAUAAUUUGGAGGACAUAACCUCACAUUUGAAACCAUUGGAUCAUGUUAAAUCAAUUAUCGUAUUACAAAAUAAAAUGCAAGUAUGUGCUGCCCCAGAUGUUGAUCCUACGGGCGCCGUAGAACAUCUGCACCACAUUGAUUCUACAACAAAAGAGGUGAUGCAUAAUCUGAAAUAUGAAGAGCUAUUUGCUCCUGAGGUGGGACCAGAAAAUCCCUUUCAGACAAGACAUCAGCGAGCCCACAAAAACAUGCUCUCUGGUUUUGUGGAGCAAACACACAUAAAUGACUUUCAAUUUGAAAAUCAGCGCAGGACUUUCAAUAGUUAUGGAUAUGCUCUGGAUCCCACAGUUGGAUGUUCUCCUGAAGAAGCAACGAAUUUUAUAGGUGCCACAGAAGCAGCAAAGGAAGCCGAAGGGAAAACAGUUUUUGAAUCAACCAAGGAACGACCAUCAGACAGGAGGAAGCGUAGUAAAAAUGACAACCCAUCAGAUAUUGAAGGAUUUCUAGGACCAUGGGGGGGUUAUGUUGAUGAGAAGAGGGUGAUGAAACCAAGUGAAGAGGAAGCUGUUGAAUUGGAAGAAAUUCUUGCAAAACGACAAAAGAGAGGAAAGCAGGUGGAUGAUAAACCUCUCGAGGAGAAGACAGUAUUGCACAUCAAAGAUACAGUGGAUUACCAGGGUCGUUCGUUCCUCCACGCUCCGCAAGAUGUGGGCGUAAAUCUGCGAUCUGAUUCACCUCCAGAGCGGUGCUUCCUUCCAAAAACACAAAUUCAUACUUGGCAAGGUCAUACCAAGGGCAUCUCCAAUGUCCGUUGGUUUCCGAAGACAGCGCAUCUGUUGUUGUCCUGCAGCAUGGACUGCAGAGUUAAGUUAUGGGAAGUGUAUAAUGAGCGUCGUUGCAUCAGAACGUAUUAUGGCCAUCGGCAGGCAGUGAGAGAUGUUUGUUUUAAUAAUGCUGGCACACAGUUCCUGUCAGCAGCAUAUGACCGAUACAUCAAGCUGUGGGAUACAGAAACUGGUGAGUGUAUAUCUCGCUUCACAAGCCGCAAAAUUCCGUACUGCACGAAAUUCCAUCCAGAUGAGGACAAACAACAUCUGUUUGUUGCUGGAACAUCAGACAAGAAAAUCAUCUGCUGGGACGUGCGGUCAGGAGAAAUUGUUCAGGAAUAUGACCGGCAUCUUGGUGCAGUUAAUACGAUCACAUUUGUUGAUGAGAAUCGGAGAUUUGUUACAACUUCUGACGAUAAAAGUCUUCGUGUGUGGGAGUGGGACAUUCCAGUGGAUAUGAAGUAUAUAGCCGACCCCACAAUGCACUCGAUGCCUGCAGUGACACCGUCACCAAACCAGAAGUGGCUGGCUUGUCAGAGUAUGGACAACAAGAUUGUAAUAUUUUCAGCUCUAAAUCGCUUUAAGAUGAAUCGCAAGAAAACCUUCAGUGGACAUAUGGUAGCUGGUUACGCAUGCACUGUUGACUUCUCACCUGAUAUGAGCUACUUGGUGUCAGGAGACGCUGACGGAAAGUGCUACGUGUGGGAUUGGAAGACAACAAAAUUAUACAAGAAGUGGAAGGCUCAUGACAGUGUGUGUAUUGGUGUGCUGUGGCAUCCACAUGAACCCAGUAAGCUUGUUACUGCUGGAUGGGAUGGUCUUAUCAAGUACUGGGAUUAAAUUUUGAUAGUGUAUAUUCCUGAUCAUUUGACAAAGGAAGAUCAUCAUUCAUUUGUAAAUAUAUGCCAAGUGCCAUGAAUGAUUAGGUUGACAGAAAAUUCACGUAAAGUGCUUGUGUUAGUUACUGUCAAUCCUUUAUAACUGAAAUAUCUAACAUUUUGGAUUGCUACAUAUUUAUGUGUUCACUAGUGAGAGAAGUAAUAAAUCAUAUUAGUGGUAACAGCAAAA